AUUUAUUCCUCCCAUCGGAGUCACCCCCCAAUGACCGAAUCACUCUCCAUCCUAACCGAAGAACCCUGGUUCUGGGACCCGUUUCAGAGAAACGAGAUUAAAUUUCACCCCGAUGGGACCGGUGAUCUUAUUUGCCGCUACGAAACCCAAACCUGGAUCAUGGCCCGAUUCGAUUGGUCCCUGCCCCAACCACCCUCCACCUUCACAAAUAACAAUACCAGCGGCAGCAAAACAGACCUACUCGCCCACUUCCCCAUAACCCUAACCCUCACCAAAUGUCUAAUUCCAAAUUCUCACAUCCCGCAAUAUACCAAAAUCAACGAAGCUUUACUCACCGACGAGGCUUUUCGCUCAAAGACCUAUACUGUGAGAUUAGAGAAGGGGGCAUUUAUCACACAGCAUGAUGUUAUGUAUGCAGACAGCAAGUGGAAUGCAGCCAGGUAUGCUAUGAGACUAGUGUUUGAUAAGUCACCGUAUCCGCCGCGCGAGGAGUGGAGGGAGGUAAACGGUGCGCUGGAGGCGUUUAGAGUGUGGGAGUGGACGGAGUUUUGUUCGAGGGGGAUGCCGGAGAGGGGGGUGGUAGGGGCAGCGUGGGGUAGGGUUAUGGAAAUGUUGGGGUGGGAAUAACUAUAUAAUCUUAUCGAGUUGAGAGAUGUCCUAAUUUUCUGGUUGUUGAUCCUCCAUGCCGAUGCCCAGCAGCUGAUCCCAUCAAGGAGACGCACAGACUCCACUCUUACAAACCAGAUCACCUGAACAAUCAUUCAAUGUCGAGCACGAAGC